AUGAUCAUUUAUAAGGAUAUCAUCACCGGUGAUGAGAUCAUCUCCGACUCUUACGACUUGAAGGAGGUCGAUGGUGCCGUGUACGAGGUCGACUGCGCCAUGAUUACCCUUGGCGCUGUCGAAGUUAACACUGGUGCCAACGCAUCUGCUGAGGAGGCCGAGGAGGGUGUUGAGGAUGGUGCCGUACAGGUCAACAAUGUUGUCAACUCUUUCCGUCUCAACUCUACCCAAUUCGACAAGAAGUCAUAUCUCAGCCAUCUCAAGACCUACAUGAAGAAGGUCAAGGAGGCUUUGAAGGCAAAGGAAGCCCCAGAGGAGACCAUCACCGCUUUCGAGAAGGGUGCUCAAGCCUACGCCAAGAAGAUUGUCGCCAACUUCAAGGAUUACGAUUUCUACAUUGGCGAGUCGAUGGAUCCUGACGGAAUGGUCGUUCUCAUGAACUACCGCGAGGAUGGUGUCACUCCUUUCGUCACUGUCUGGAAGCACGGUUUGGUUGAGAUGAAGGUCUAA